AUGUCGCCAGCAGGCCACAUGUUUCGUGAUGACCAUUUUAAUAGGCCAAUGGGCCGAGGGACGUCCUGGGGAACACAUUUUAACAUGGUUCAGUGCCGUUCGGUUUGGACGCGGUGGGCCGUGCGCUUGGCGAUCGUCUUCUCGUUGGCGGUGAUGCUGGCGCUGAUGGGGAGUGACAAGGCGGGAAACACAAACUUACAGGUAGCACAAAAUGAGAAAAAAAGGCCCGUAAGCGACGCAACAGAGGAAGCGUCGACCAGCCCCGAGAGCGCAGCGGCCGCCCAGCGCGCCGGCCCGAACCGCACUGAGCCAUUCGUGAUUCCUACGCAGAAGUACACCAUUCCAGGCUGUCCUUGUGCCAGGCAAGGGCUGGACGUGAGAAUCCUGCAGCAGAAGCAACGCGAGGCCAGAGAGCGGCCGGAGGCGUUUCCGAACUGGUUCCUCAGCCGCUUCUCCUUCGAGGGGGAGUCCACGUGUUCGGACUUCGCCACGCAGCGCGGGGCGAACCAGCGGGUCGUCAGCUACUCCUACUACACGGCGACUGGGCGGACGAGGCCAGGGAGCGAGGACUUCCACAAGUACCUGGGCCAGAUGCACGGGACGGCCAAGGCGAUCCACGCCUCCUACCCCGACUGGGUUGUCAGGAUCUACCACAACGUCUCCAUCGAGGACACGUUCGGCAUGCAGACGCUGUGCCACAUCCACUGCGACCACCCGCAGUGGGACCUCUGCCACGUUCGCGACCUGCCGACGCUGGGGAACUUGCCUGCCAGAGGAGUCGUUGGCCGGCUGUGGCGCUUCGCCGUGAUGGGCGACCCCACCGCCGAGCUCUUCGUCUGCCGAGACACUGACAGGUGA